AUGAUGGAUGACGGGGGGCCGCUAGAAUUUGACGAGGAUUUCUUCAUGACGUGGCUGCUCCCGCCUAUCAUCUUUGAGGCCGCGUUCAACCUGAAUGUGGACGCGUUUCAGGCGUCGCUAUUCCCGACCCUCCUCUUUGCCUUCUUGGGCCUUCUGUGCUCGACCUCUGUCAUCGGGACGUUGCUGUACACCGCCGGCCAGGUGGGGUUGUGCUACCCGCUAAGCCUACUUGCCUCGCUCACCUUCGGGUCGCUCGUCUCGGCAACCGACCCCGUCGCUGUCCUCGCCACGUUCAACAAGCUGGGCGUCAAGCAGCACGUCUUCGCGAUGGUCUUCGGCGAGUCCAUCCUCAACGACGCGGCUGCCUUGGUGCUCACCAAGACGCUCCUGACGUUUCACGACGCGCCCGCGGCGCUCUCCUUCACCUUUCCGUGGGCCUCCUACUUCCUGGCCGAGGCGAAAGGGCUCUCGGGGGUGGUGGCCAUCGCAUUCUGCGGCAUCGUGAUGGCCAUCUACACGCGCAACAACCUCUCCGACGGAGCGGUCGCCUUGAUGGUCGGGCUCUACAAGGUGCUGGCCUUCGUUGCGGAGCAGUCCGUGUUUGUCUAUCUUGGGAUGGCCCUUCCGCUGCUGCCCAUCGCGGGAAUG